CUUUGAGCAUGACCAUCUAAUGGGAGGAGAGCUGGACCCUGGGAUGCUCGAAUCUAACAAUGUAGAAGUUGUCAUUUGGCAGAGAGAUCGUAAGGGAAUUCAUGUUAAUUUGGAGGGUAAUGGACAGGAGGCUGAGGCAUCUGAUUUAUUUGAAAUUGUUAAAGAGCACCGAAAACUGCCUGACUUUGUGGAUAACAUCUUCUCCAUCUGGAUGGUCUCCCCUUUGCUAGAGUUGCGACUGAAGCUUUCUCACAAAGCAUUUGAAUUUGCACAGCUAUGGGAUGAGUUCUGCAGCAUGUACACAGAUGCAAAAACAGAUGAAGUGUCUCGUGAUGAACCAGUGGUGAUGUUCCAGAGGAAUGUGUUCCUGUCCUUGAAGGAAGAAAAGAAGUACUGGCAGCUGGCCACAGAGGAUGUCUUGCUGCUCCUAUACCAUGAGGCUAAAUUCAAUGUAAUAGACGGCCGCUACAUUGUGUCCGAGCAAGACUAUGACAUCUUGGCAGGAAUACAGGCUCUUAUAGAGAAAGGACUGUAUAACAGUACUAAACACACACCAGAAUCCUACAAAGGUAAUACCAACAAAUACUACCCAGUUCAUAUCUACAAACCCAAGAAAUCCUUGAUUGAAUCUUUACGAAAGACACAAAGGAAGUACAAUGAGCUCCACCUAGAGGGGGUUCAUCAGCAUGCUUCCAACAACAUCGGGGAUGAGGAUCGCACUCAGCUGUAUCUUCGUUAUCUUGAUAUCUGCUCCAGUUACCCCUUCUAUGGGAGUGCUUUCUUUGAGGCAGUACUACAGAAACCAUCUGGCAAAUUCAGCACCAUGAUGACCAAUAUAUUCUCAUUAGGUUUUCCUGAGAUGGAUGUACUGGUGGCAAUCAACACAGAAGGAAUUUGUGUCAUACACCAGGAACUCAAGACUGUUAUUCUGGCCAUACCAUAUGAACAGCUGUCUUGGGACCUGGAUCUCAAUGAAGAUGAACCUGACAAACUACCAGCCUUACUGGUACAAUUUAUAGUGAAAGAAGAGGAUGAAACCAUCACCAAAGUCCUGCAAAUCUACUCACGACAGGCCAAGUUAAUGGAUGCCUUGGUUGAGACGUGUGUCAAGAGAAAACACCAUGAAGGAUAUGACUCAUCCAAACAUGAGAACUUCUCUAGAGGAAUUACCAACCAGAUGGGGAAAAUGUGCUUAAGUACGUACACUCUUGAAGGACAGGCUUGUGACUUAACUAUGGACCUGUUAGGAGGUGGAUAUGUUACAGUAACUAUGGACCUGUUAGGAGGUGGAUAUGUUACAGUAACUAUGGACCUGUUAGGAGGUGGAUAUGUUACAGUAACUAUGGACCUAUUAGGAGGUGGAUAUGUUACAGUAACUAUGGACCUGUUAGGAGGUGGAUAUGUUAUGGUAACUAUGGACCUGUUAGGAGGUGGAUAUGUUACAGUAACUAUGGACCUAUUAGGAGGUGGAUAUGUUACAGUAACUAUGGACCUGUUAGGAGGUGGAUAUGUUACAGUAACUAUGGACCUGUUAGGAGGUGGAUAUGUUACAGUAACUAUGGACCUGUUAGGAGUUGGAUAUGUUACAGUAACUAUGGACCUGUUAGGAGGUGGAUACGUUACAGUAACUAUGGACCUGUUAGGAGUAACUAUGGACCUGUUAGGAGGUGGAUAUGUUACAGUAACUAUGGACCUGUUAGGAGGUGGAUAUGUUACAGUAACUAUGGACCUAUUAGGAGGUGGAUAUGUUACAGUAACUAUGGACCUGUUAGGAAGUGGAUAUGUUACAGUAACUAUGGACCUGUUAGGAGGUGGAUAUGUUAUGGUAACUAUGGACCUGUUAGGAGGUGGAUAUGUUACGGUAACUAUGGACCUGUUAGGAGGUGGAUAUGUUACGGUAACUAUGGACCUGUUAGGAGGUGGAUAUGUUACGGUAACUAUGGACCUGUUAGGAGGUGGAUAUGUUACAGUAACUAUGGACCUGUUAGGAGGUGGAUAUGUUACAGUAACUAUGGACCUGUUAGGAGGUGGAUACGUUACAGUAACUAUGGACCUGUUAGGAGGUGGAUACGUUACAGUAACUAUGGACCUGUUAAGGGAUGGAUAUGUUACAGUAACUAUGGACCUGUUAAGGGAUGGAUAUGUUACAGUAACUAUGGACCUGUUAAGGGAUGGAUAUGUUACAGUAACUAUGGACCUGUUAAGGGAUGGAUAUGUUACAGUAACUUUGGACCUGUUAGGAGGUGGAUAUGUUACAAUGGGUGCAUUUUUGGAUAAACCAAAGACUGAGAAACACAAUGAGGGAGGCAUGGGCAACUCCCUUCGCUUUGGUCUUAGCAGCAUGCAAGGCUGGAGAGUGGAGAUGGAAGAUGCUCACACAGCUGUUAUUGGCCUUCCAUGUGGACUGAAGGACUGGUCCUUCUUUGCUGUAUUUGAUGGUCAUGCGGGAGCCAAAGUCUCAGCAUAUUGUGCAGAGCAGCUAUUGGAUCAAAUCAUAGCCAACGAAGACUUCCGGGGUAAAUUAGAUGUCAAGGAGGGAACUGAGGUACAACCUUCGCUAGAGGAUGUAAAUCGCGGAAUUAAGACCGGUUUCCUUAACCUUGAUGAACGGAUGAGAGAUAUCCCAGAGAUGAAGAGUGGGGAAGAUAAAAGUGGUUCAACUGCUGUUUGUGCUAUUGUAUCACCAAGUCAUAUAUUCUUUGCUAAUUGUGGAGAUUCCAGGGCUGUUUUUUCCCGAGGUGGAAAAUGUCAAUUUUCUACCCAGGACCAUAAACCAAUCAAUCCUACAGAAAAGGAGCGAAUUCAAAAAGCGGGAGGGAGUGUUAUGAUUCAGAGAGUAAAUGGUUCAUUGGCAGUUUCACGUGCUCUUGGAGACUUUGAAUAUAAAAAUGUCAAGGGAAUGGGACCUUGUGAGCAACUAGUUUCUCCGGAGCCAGAGAUAUUUUUGGAGAAACGUUGCAGUGAUGAGGAAUUCCUAGUGCUGGCUUGUGAUGGUAUCUGGGAUGUCAUGACCAAUGAUGAUGUCUGUGACUUUGUCAGGGAUCGCAUGAAAUUAACAAGUAGUUUAGAGAGCAUAUGUAACCAGGUUAUCGAUACUUGCUUGAACAAGGGGAGUAGAGACAAUAUGAGCAUUGUUAUUGUGGCCUUUAAGAGUGCACCAUCCGUGUCAGAAGAGGCGAUUAAAAAGGAAGAAGAACUUGAUGCUCGCUUACGAGACAAAAUUAAGGAAAUUUUAGAGAAUCCUGAUUUUAGUGAGGCAGACCUACCGACCUUCAUGCAUAUUUUAGGUGAAGGCACACCAGGAUUGCCACCUGGUGGAGGUAUAAGUGCAAAAAAAAGCACGGUGGAAAGCAUACUGAAUGAGCUGCGGCCAAAGAAACAAGAUGAGGAUGAGGAUGAGGAGGAGGAGAAUUCUGUUCCUGAACAAUUGUAAAUGAAGACGGAGUUGGCUACAGCAAAAUCUACUUGACUGAAUGAUGGGGCACUGCUGAUCUCAGAGUGUCAACAUACAGGAAACUCACUUACGCCAUUUCUUACUUCCCCUAUCCACCCACGGCCAGCAAGGGCUCGUCGUGUGUUGAGUGCCCUAUAUUUAAUGUAUGUUACACCUGCGUAGGAGGAUGUUUGUAUGUGCUGGUAUUACUGUGGAAAGCUUCACUCUGUAAUGUCUAUACACUGUGUUGAAACUUGUUUGUGUACAGUCAUUCCCCUUGCUAGAUACUGGAAUUUUUCUUUGUUUAUAGUAGAUUUUCUACUACAGGGGUUGAAAUGUGUGUAAACAGAGAAAUGACUAGAAGUUUUUUUUUCUAUUCUCUUCAAAUAUCAUUUGUGAGAGACAUAGACUGUUUUCUUAGUUAAAAAUAUAUAAUGAGAAGAAAUAAGGGGAUAGAUAUUGUGUAAAGUUUUGAUUUUUGUUGUCUGUCUAUUUUACUGCUAACAUCUAGGACAUUAAGAUGAUGAGAAAGGGGACACUACUGACAGGUGGUAUUAAUUAGAAUAGAUAGACACAGUAAAUUUAUGUAGUAUAGAAUUGAACCCAUUAAAGCAAUCAAAUGAAAUUUAAAACAGAGUGAAUAAAGAGCUAAUAUGAAUGAAGUUAUUGGAACCAUCAAUAAAGGUCUUGUCUGAACGAAGACAUUCCAGUCAUAUUCCUGGGAGAAUUUUUUAGUUCAGUUACUCAUGUUUUUAGUUAUAUAUAAAUCUAUAUCAGUAUUUUUGCAGAUUGUAAAUGUAGUGUUUCUGCAUUAAUAGAAUAUACAAGAAAUUAGUUUUUUAGUUAAAUUUUCUGAUUUUGACAUAUGUACUUGAGAAGAUGGUCUCAUUUAGACCAUGUUUUAUGGGAAGAAUAAAUGCCUCAUUGCAAUAGCCUAUCAUUAGUGCAUAUGUGUAUGUUUGACAGUCAUGUGUAUAUAUCUUGUAGAGUUUCCUUAGUGGGAAGGAAAGGUUAACCUAGCUAUUGAUAAUUUUGUAAUGGUAGAUGGACAUCUAUCUGCAAUUUUCUGCCUAGUUUUGCCUUUCUCUGUUAGUUUCAUAUUCACAGCUACUGCUUAUAGUUUUGGAAAAUAUUAGCAGAUUUUCAAAUGAUGGCUGGGACAGAUUUUCCUUGUGAAACACAAGAUUUAGUAGCAAUAUCAUAUUGACUUUGUAUUGAUACAGAAACCUGUAGAAAAUCAUAUGUUGGAUCUCGCUACUGAUGACUUCUUUAAGAAAAUUUUACUUGAUGAUGUAAUGACAGCUGCCUUGGCUAUGAAGUCUAUGAUGCCAUUCAUAAGGGGUUAUUGAAAUAUAAAAUGUGUGGUCAUAGUGAAGCAGUUGUUGAGGACACUCAGGUUUUCACACUGUAACUGCCCCCUGUAGCUUUACCUAGUUUUCUGGACUGUUCUGGCUUGACUGGCCACAAGAGCUUUUACCAUGGUGCAACAUAGUCUGUUUGUCAACUCUUACACACUGAUCGUUCAGAAUAAAAUGUUGUUGAUUGUGCCUAAAAUUGGUGUGGAGAAUUAAUCUUACAAAGGGUUUCUGAACUGUUCUAAACAGUAGUUAUUGGUCGACUACAGUCAAGAAAUCCCAACUCUCCUGAACAGUUGGAGAGAGUAUCGCUGUUUGGUUUUGAGAUAGCCUAAAAACCAUCCUUUUUAGAAAGAAGUUUGUAUAAAUCUAGGACUGGAAUGGCGCAACUCCACUGGAGAAAUCUUGGGUGUACAACUGUUUAGGUUGAUUCUGAGCUUAACAAGGAUAUUCCAAAGACUAUGACUGAAAGCUGGUCCUUUGCUGAACAUUGAAAAACAAGUACAACAAUGCUUCUUGUAUUGGCCUCAAGGUCAAGCUCAAAAGGGAGGAUAAUGUUUAAAAGCGUAGUCAUCUUAAUGUGUUGAUAGUUUCGAAUAAAGUAAGGAAAUAAUUGCCCUAGGAGCAGGAAAUAAAAUGACGUAUGCUAGUAAAGGAAAGGUGUUUACACUUGUUGUUGAUAGCCAGAGUCCAAAACAGUUAUUGUUUGUAAUGGAAAUGAUCAUUAGAUAAUGCCAUGUUUGCUUAAAUAUCCAGGUGAGCAGUAGAGGUUCAGGGGGCCCUCUUUUUCCAACCUGCAGUUUCCUGUUCUCUGUACAUGUCCAGAUUGAUAACAGUGCUAUUGUAAAUAAUUGUCUUAGUAUGAAUGUGGAAAAUUAGUUGAUGUUGUUUAAAAGUCAUAUUUUAGAAAUGUUGAUAACAAAUAUUUUGAUUAUUCUUGUAUGUUUUAAAUAAUUCAUGAAAAAUGAUGUCUUGCUUGAUUUACUUAUCAUUUCCUGACAGGAAAGUAUACAAUUUUCUCCAUCAAUUCUGUCCAUGAAAGGCAUUGUUCUCCAUCAUAAUCAAUUGCAUAGUAUGUUUGAUAAUGUUAGUGUCUAUUUCUGAUGAUGUAAGUUACAAGUAAUGCUGGGACACCACAGUGUAAAACUGCAGCUGUAUUUAAACACAUUACUGUAAAAUAGAAUUUUUUGUGAAGGGUUUCCAUGAUUUGAUUUUGUCUCGUUUGGUCUAAACAGAGAUGCUUGUACAUGGAGGUGUUAAAUGAUUCUUAGCACACACUGAAAAUAAUACAUUUUAUUUUUUAUGAUGGUACAUCUAAUAGUAUAGAUGACAGUGAAGGUAUGAAGGCAGAGUUUAUGUUCUAAUGCUAAAACAAGAGCUUUUGAAUGAAAAUGAUGUGAUGCUGGCCAUGAAGUGGUCAUGAUACUUGAUGAUUAGGAUUCAGAAAUGUGAGGAAAUAACAUGUCAUUGUGAAUUAGUAGACCAGGAUUAACGUCCAUAAUAAUAGGUACAGAUAAACAUCCCACAACUUCCUGUGUUAGUGUAGUUGGAUUUUGUUGCUUACAUUUCCAGAUGUAAUUAUGAUAUCACACAACUCGGAUGACAUGGCACUUGGUUGAAUAAACCUGGUUUUAACCCAGA